UUAUAACUGGGUCAUUCGGCUAGACUUUCCGUAAGAAGGUGAUUUAGCUCAAAAUUCCUCUCCUUCUUUCCCCGACCAUUUUUCAUUCGAUUUCUUCCUCGCUCCGCCAGCCUCUCUCACUCAGUCCGUUUCUGCCCCAUCUCCCUCAAUCCGCCACCCUCUCUCACUCGAUUUGUUCCUCACUCCGCCACCCUCUCAUACUCGCUGUCUCCCUCACGGUCCGUAGCAUCUUCUUCCUCUAAUCGAUCCAUAUUGCUUCCUCCGUCAAGUUCUUCACUAAAUCCGGGAGGCCCAGAGCCAGAGCAAGAGCCGCCGGUAUUACUUUUGGGAAUCAUGGCCAGCGAAGGAGAUCACAAAGAACCAGUGAAUGAACAAGCAGUGGCCAACAUGUAUGCUUCUCUGAGGUCUGAACUGAACCAAAUCUAUUCAAAAAUCACUGAACUGGAGAUGGAAGUAAGUGAGCACUCAUUGGUGAUGAAUGCAAUUCAGCCACUAGACCCAUCUAGGCGGUGCUAUCGCAUGAUCGGAGGUGUACUGGUGGAGAGAACCAUUAAAGAGGUUUUGCCUGCGGUGCAGCGCAACAAAGAGGGCCUUGAGGAGGUUAUUGCCAGGUUGAACGAGGCUUUGGAAAGGAAGAAAAAGGAAAUUUCUGAUCUUGAGGCCAAAUACAAAAUUAGGAUCAGAAAGCCAGAUGGUAACGAGGCAAAGGACGAAAGUGGCCGGAAGGAAGGUUCUGCUCAGGGAGUCCUUGUGGGUCCUGCCGGUGCUAGUGAAUGAUUUUGUUGGGAGUUUUGCAUUUUACCUGAUUUUGUUUAUUUGGUCAACUUACUUGAACUGUUAUUUAGCAUAUGUUGCUAUGUAUUAGGCGAUAAGAGAGAGUUUUGGGUAUUUGGUUGUGUGAAAGAUACACUUAAGUAGGUUUUUGAGAGGCCUUUUACAUGCAAAGCAAUGGAAUGAACAAAAGAUGUCUAUGGAUGUUAUAUGCUCAAUUAUCUUUGUUUGCUAA